UUGUUUAUGAUGUUACCGUUCACAUCUUCAGCUAAAAUAUUUUUUAUGAAAGCCCAAAAAGAGUUUUAAUAGGGGCGAUUUUAUCACGCUUAUCUCCGUGCACUUCAUUAUUCAAGGACACUAUCAAAAUACACAUUCACUCUUUUCACUUCAAACACAAAAGCUUUCACCCAUUCAGUGUUUAUUCUAUUCGUGCGACUCCUCCGCUGCGUUUAUGGCACGCAUUACGCAUUAUUGACCUAAAGUUGCAAAUCUCAUUAUGUGGGGCUCAUUAAUGAUAUGUAACGAUUUCGCCGUUUUACGCAUCAAACAUCUGGCGACGCGCAUUGGUUGCUCGUUGUUCUCCUUCCACUUCCCAGACGUUAUUGAUCAACCCGUUACGUCAGUAUUGAUAACUUUACCAAACCCAAAAUCAAGUGCAAUCCCGGGAGCAGCACUAAUGCAUCUAUAUGCAUCUAUAUUCUGUUCAUAUCGCAUCCACCGGCUCUGGCGCGCUGCGCGUCCCGUCUAGUUUUCCACAACUGUUAUUUUCCUAACAUUUUUUUUUUCCAUGUGGAGUGUAAUCGUCAACGCUGUUUAACGGGGGGAAUCCAGCCCAUAUAUUUAUUGUAGCCGCUCUUGAAUAUUGUGCUCAAGAUGGCCGCCGAUGUGGGAUCGAUGUUUCAAUAUUGGAAGAAAUUUGAUCUCCGGCGGCUUCAGAGGGAGCUAAAUUCAGUGGCGGCACAACUAGCAGGCCGACAGGAAGAGAGCGAGGACUCCCAUAAGCACCUGGUGGAACUGAGCCGUGAAUUCAAGAAAAAUGUCCCAGAGGAGGUGUUGGAGAUGGUUUCCCCUGUCCUCAAGAGUUUCCAAGCUCAGGUGGUUGCGUUGAGCCAGCGCAGUAAGGAGGCGGAGUCUGCGUUCCUGGGAAUAUAUAAACAGCUGAUCGAGGCCCCAGAUCCGGCUCCGCUGCUGCAGGCCACUCAGGAGCGUCUGGCAGAACUUCAGCGUUCGGCUCCUGACAGUGACGCUCUGCUCACAGAAAUCUCGGAGCACUGGAGAAAACACCUGGAGUGCCUUGACAAAGCAGAACACACAGAGGAGGGGCCUGUAUCCGUGGAGACGGGGGAGGCAUCGUCACUGCUGCCCCACAUGAUGACACCAAACAGCACACAGAACGUCCAGGAUGGAGACGUCCCGCUCCAGAAUCACCAGGACCCACAGCAAGGGGAGGAACAUGAAUCAGACGUUUCGCUGCCUGUCAGACUCGGCCAGGCUGAGGACCGGAUCAAAGCGCUUCAGUCAUCGCUCAACUCGGCCCGAACGGAGCUGCACGAACUGAGGUGUAAAUACGACAGAGAAAUGGCGGAAAAAGUGGAGGAGAUGGGCGCGCUAAUGGCGAACCUGGAGAAGGCCAACCAGAGAGCGGAUCUGGCCCAGAGGGAGGUGGAGAAGCUGAGGGAGCAGCUCGCCAGCACUUCUAAAGGGACCGGCCCAUCAGAGGAGCGACCCAAGGAGGAGAGGGCGCGCGAGGAGCGAGACGAGACCUCGCUGUCCCGGCUGGAGGCGGUGCUGUUCUCCAAGGACAGAGAGAUCUUGCGACUGCUCGAGAACGUCCAGAGACUCCAGUUCACCUUACAGGAGGUCCAGGACUCCUCGGCCAAUCAGAUCGCAGAGCUGGAGCGGCAGCUGGCCUAUAAGUCAGAAGCUAUAGAGACCCUGGAGGCCAAACUACAGUCCCAGAUGGAUUAUGAAGAGGUCAAAACAGAACUCAGCAUCCUGAAAGCCAUGAAACUGGCAUCAGCCAACGGAAGUUCAUCCCAGGAAUCGGGCAAAACCGCUGAGGCUCUGCUGCUGGACAAAGAAGCCUUUCUGCCCUCUCACAAAUUUCUUGUGGAUAAAGUCAGAGUGUUACACAACAGCGACGAGGGUCACUCUGAGGACUCCAGUAAGGAUGUGAGUCGCCCGGCGGGGUCAUAUUCCUCUCCUCCAGGAACACUGCCCAUAGAUGGCCGCACUUCCUCCAGCCCAGGACCGCCCACCACUGACACGCCUUCCUCCAUCCACGAACUGCCCCGCCCCUUCUCAGUGUCGCCCUUCUCGGGCGAGAAGCUUCCCGGAGAUCAGCUCCUGCAGAAACAGCUCCUGUCUCCACUCUUCAAGAAAGAUGGCAGCUCCAUCAUGGCGUUCCCCACCGCCCUCUACGCCGCCAAAGCGGCCCUCAUGUCAGCCAAUCAAAACGCCUCAAUGCCCAUCGCCAUGGAGACAGGCAUGCCAAGCGACCAAUCGGAGAGCGGAAGCUCGGGGGGAGGAGACGACGAUCAGUUGGACACGGCAGAAAUCGCCUUCCAGGUCAAAGAGCAGCUGCUGAAACACAACAUCGGUCAGCGUGUGUUUGGCCACUAUGUGCUGGGCCUCUCGCAGGGCUCGGUCAGCGAGAUCCUGGCUCGACCCAAACCCUGGAGGAAGCUCACCGUCAAGGGCAAAGAGCCUUUCAUCAAAAUGAAGCAAUUCCUGUCAGAUGAACAGAACAUCCUGGCAUUACGCACCAUUCAGGUUCGCCAGCGAGGGAGCAUCACUCCUCGCAUCCGAACUCCUGAAACUGGGUCAGAUGAUGCCAUCAAGAACAUUCUAGAGCAGGCCAAGAAGGAGAUCCAGUCACAAAGAGGAGAUUGUAAAUCGUCUCUAGGCUGUUCAUCAGGCCGUAACAGCUCCGGAGGAAGCAGCAGUUCAGACGAAACCAUCAAGAGCAUCCUGGAGCAGGCCCGUCGAGAGAUGCAGGCGCAGCAGCAGGCCCUGCUGGAGAUGGAGGUGUGCGGCCGGGCGUCCUCCAGCGAGCGUCUCACCCUGCAGGACCCCACCAAGGUUCAGCCGCCCCCCACGCCGCCUUUCAUCAAACAGGAAGAGGGUGUGUCCAAUCCCGCCGGCAGCCCUCAGACGCCCCUGAGCGUCCUGUCCCCUGCCGCCUUCGUCCAAAACAUCAUCCGCAAGGUAAAGUCGGAGAUCGGUGAGGCUGGUGCGUAUUUCGACCAGCACUGGUCUGCCGAGCGCGGCGCGGUCGUGAUGAGCAUGGGCGGCACCGCUCACCCCUUCACCUCUGUGUCUCCGUCGCUCUCCUCCUCUUCAUCCACGGGACAUGCAUCCAUGCCUCGUCCCUGGCCGCGGAUGGAGAACGGAGACUGUCCCGUGAACGGUGAGGAAGCGUCCGCCCCUGAGGACGAGCCCGUGUUGGGACGGCCGCUGGAGAUCAAGGUGGAGCCGGACGCGUCAGUCAGCGGAGAGUCGCCCUGCGGAGGAGGACGGGUGUCGUACUACCCCACCUACAUCCCCCGAACCCUGAAGCCCACCGUCCCGCCGCUGACCCCAGAGCAGUAUGAGAUGUACAUGUACCGCGAGGUGGACACCCUCGAACUCACCCGGCAGGUGAAGGAAAAACUGGCCAAGAACGGGAUCUGCCAGAGGAUCUUCGGAGAGAAGGUGUUGGGCUUGUCUCAGGGCAGCGUGAGUGACAUGUUAUCCAGACCUAAACCCUGGAGUAAGCUCACUCAGAAGGGCCGCGAGCCGUUCAUACGCAUGCAGCUCUGGCUGCUGGACCAGCUGGGUCACGGACUCAACCAGCUGCCCAACCACAGCCACAGCCACAGCCACAGCCAGGAUAAGAGCCCUGUGACAACCCGCUCGUCCCCGUCCCCUCCUGCGAGUCCUGAGGACGGACCCCCCAGCAUGACCCUGGAGCCCGUGAGUCUGGCGCUGGAGAGCAGUAAGGAGAACCAGCACCCGCAGCACGCCGAACCCCACGGGGGCAAGAGCACGCCGGGCAUGAUGGUCCCGCAGCAGCCCCACACGCCGCUGGGCAUCCAGGAGCUGGUGGCCAUGUCUCCGGAGCUGGACACGUACGCCAUCACCAAGAGAGUGAAGGAAGUGCUGACCGACAACAACUUGGGUCAGCGUCUGUUUGGAGAGAGCAUUCUGGGAUUGACUCAGGGUUCGGUGUCUGACCUGCUGUCCAGACCGAAGCCCUGGCAUAAGCUCAGUCUGAAGGGCCGCGAGCCGUUCGUCCGCAUGCAGCUGUGGCUCAACGACCCGCACAACGUCGACAAACUCAGAGACGUCAAGAAAAUGGAGAAGAAAGCGUAUCUGAAGAGGCGAUACGGUCUGCUGAGUCCCGGCUCAGACAGCGAUUCCCCUGGCGCUCAUUCAGACUGCAUCAGUCCGGGUCUGACCCCGCUGGAGCUCUGCCCCUUCAGCCAGGCCAAGAAACCCCGUGUGGUGCUGGCGGCCGAGGAGAAGGAGGCUCUGAGGAAGGCGUAUCUGCAGGAGCCGUAUCCCUCGCAGCACACCAUCGAGAUGCUGGCCGCCCAACUCAACCUCAAAACCAACACCGUCAUCAACUGGUUCCACAACUACAGGUCCCGCAUGCGGCGAGAGGUCCUGAUGGAGGGUCUCCAAGACAACGACACAGACGCCGAGCACAACAACUACUCCCCGCUGACGUCCCACAGCCCCGCGUCCGACCGCGACGACAGGAAGCAGCCCUCGGCCGUCCGCAGCCGCCCUCUGAGUGCCGGCCCGCGCCGCUUCGCCCUCAAACAGGAGGCCAGCGAGCCGGACGAGGACGAGGAGCUCCGUCUGCGGCAGGCCAAGUGCUUCUCCGUCGGCGUCCAGUUCGCACAGCUCAAAAGCGACCUGGAAAUGGCCCCGCAUCGCUCGCUGGGUGUCAAGGACGAGGAACCGCCGAGGAACAGCCACGAGGGCGAGGAGCUGGAGAAGUCGCCCGAAGAUCCGGUCAGCUUCAAGGCUUCGUCCGAACCGUCCCGGAGCAGCCUGGAGGUGUCGCUCAACUCGCCCUCCGCCGCGUCCUCGCCCGGCCUCAUGAUGUCCGUGUCCCCCGUCCCGUCCUCUUCCGCCCCCAUCUCCCCGUCGCCGCCCAACCCACCAGCCCCGAGCCACCAUCACCCACCGAGCUCGCCCUCGCUCAACUCCAAACUCAACAAAAGCACUCAGAGACGCAACGAGAAGAUGGCCAACCUCAACAACAUCAUCCAUCGCCUGGAGCGGGCCGCCAACCGCGAGGAGACGCUGGAGUGGGAGUUCUAGACGAAGAGCGUAAGCGUCAGAUAUUUAUAAACACCUUUUAGCUAUUUUGAUAAAGUCACUUUGGAUUCUGCGUCACAGCGCUAGCUGGUUUUGAGGAGAGUCAACGUAGCGGUGUCAUGAAAUGCACACUGACGUCUUGUAGAUUGCCACUGGGUGAGAUUAUGAAAUAAAAGACCUCUGUCUUAAGCCAUCAAAAAGCACUACUUAUUUAAAAAACAAAACGAGAGAGACAAUGACCAAAUUUGCUAAUUUUUGAAUAGCAGUUUUUCAACUUUUGUCUGUAAGACGGGACAGCGAAGUCAAGUGACGUGCGACAGCUUCACGUUGACCGAGGGAUAGUCCUAAAAGACUCUAAAUAGUGAACAUUGCAUAUGUAUUUAGUUUCUUGGUGACAUGUUUUGGAUCUUUUGUUAUACAAGCGUACAACGUGUGAUUGUGUGUGUUGUAGAAAUCGUCUGCAAUAGCCUUCUCUGAACAAGAUGUAGCAUGGAACAUAAUUUACCCUCUAUUUCCUCUCUAGAUAGUAACCUGUGAUAUACUUGAGCGAUACUAUAAAAAGAGAAAAACAAGAAAAACAAGAAAAAAGGAAAUGUAAAAAAGUCGGUACGAUGGUAGAUGCAUUCUUGAUUUCGUGAACGUGUCAUUUUUUUAUUUUCGUUUUUUUUGGUUGGAUACUUUGAGGUUUUACACCAGGGUUCUUGUGCACAGUUUACACACUGCAAAAAAAAUCAUUCUCUUACUCUGUAUUUUUGUUGUUUUUCAGUACAAACAUCUAAAUACUUUUAAAUCAAGAUGUUUACUUGAAGCAAAAAGACACAAGUUUUUGCUUAAAACAAGAUUCUUUCUUUUUUUUUCUUCAGUAAACAAGGCUUAAUAUCACAUGUAAUUUGCUUCUCAAUUGAAACAAUCAAAAUUAAGUGAGUUUUUGCUAAAAAAAAAAUUAAAAAACAUCAGUGGGAUAAGAAAAUCUUUAAAGAAAGAAAAUGCCUUUAAUCUUUGGAAAAAAAAAAUAUAUAUAUAUUUUUCUUACCCCAUUAGCAGAUUUUUUUUGUUUCCUGUUUUAAGCAUAAACAGUAUAUAGUUUUACAGUAUAAAUAUCCAAACGUACUUGAUUUGAGAUUUUAAGUGAGUUUAUGCUUAAAUCAAGAAAAAAUGUCAGUGUGGUGAUAAAAAAGUGUUUUGAAUUAAGUUUAUUUUUCUUAGCCCACUGACAGAUAUUUGUCUUGUAAGCAUUAACUCACUGAAUUUUAUUUUAUUUUUUUCAGAAAACAAGGCCUAACAUCUUAAAUCAAUUCACAAAUUAGAUUCCUUUUUUUUUCUUAAAACAAAACAAAAAAAUCUGUAGGUGGGCUAAGAAAAAUAAUGACAAUAAAAAUAAUCUUGUUUUCCCUUUAAAUGAAGUUUAUUUUCCUUACUCCACUGACAGAUAAUUGUUCAUGUUUUAAGCAUAAACUCACUUCAUUUGAAUUUUUCAGUAAGCAAGACAUCAUAUCUUAAGUCAUUUUGCUUCUCAAGUAAAUGCAUCUUGAUUUAAGAGUUUUUAGAUAUUUUUUGAAUGGAAAACAACACAAAUACUCUGUUUUUGCAGUGCACAUUCUCAAUAAUUCAUGCCAGCUGUACCUCACUG